AAGAUCAAGACAUUAUUUUUGUACAGAUAAAUCUCUAAGAGGGGACCCAUCUAAGUGAUAAGAUCCCUUCUCCAAGGCAAAACACAGACACAGGUCCUUACAGGAAGAAAGCAGGAGAAGAGGAGGAGAUAGCCUAAAAGACAAGCCAAAAUCUCAGAAAAGAGAGGCUCCGAAGUCUGAACUGAACCCAGAAAUUAGGAAGAGGGAGAAGAAAUCAAAAUGAAGAUGCCAACAAUUUCAUCAUCCACAAACCCAUUAUUUUCUCCACCUGCUUCUGCCUCUGUCUCUGCUUCUUCCUCUUUCACCUCUCUACCAAUUACAAUAGUAAGAUACCAGCAACUAAGAUUUCAAUCUUCAUCUUCUUCUUCUUCCUCCACAAUUACGAGGGCUGUCGAUCCGGAAACGAACGCCUCCUCCGACACGACGGAGACGAAACAGCCAUCGGCGGCAGAAGACGACGGAGUCAGCUUCGAAAACAGAGUCGCACAGGUGAGACUCAGGUAUCGCAGCGGGACUGGCAAGAAAGCUGACGCCAGGAAAGGUAAGAGGUCAUCUUUAUCAUCAUCAUCCAAGACCAAGAAAGGCGGUGUGUUUCUGCCGCCGGUACCUUUGAAGGAGCCGGUGUCGGAAGGUCUGAAGGUAGAGUUCGGAUUCUGCCCUUUCACUGAGAGGCUCAACGGGAGGUUGGCAGCUCUGGGACUGGCGGCGCUGCUGCUGGUGGAAUUGGGUUCCGGCAAGAGUCUUGUCAGUUAUCAUAAGCCGGCGGUGGUCUUCAUUCAGGUCUACUCCAUUGCUGCCGCAUCGGCGAUCUAUUUAAAGUACCAGAAGGAGAAGAUCAGCAUUUGGCCUCAGUCGUCGUCUUCUUCUUCUUCUCUCAAUAACACCUAGACUGAUAUUAAUACUUCUCAGAACUUAGAAGAAGUAAUUACUGUUAUCAAAAACUUAUUUAUUGUAAGACAAUAAUUUUUGGAAAAAUAAUUUAUGCUUGUUUGAUGGUA